GAUUUCUGCUCUGGACAUUCACACAAACUAGUUCAUAUUUGAUAGAAAGUUUAAUUUGCACAUGUAAACAUAAAAUAUCAGAAAACUUUAUACAAAAAAUAACUGUUUUAAUGUGAUUAAUCAGCCAGGGAAGUUUUGUAGUGGUAUCUGUUGGUAAAUGUCUAAAAUUUUACAAUUUGUGUCUUUAAAAUGAGUUCAUCUCAGACUCUGAGUCUGAAUCUUCCCUUCAGCUCGUACAGACUCUUCAGUGUUCAUGAGUCAUUCACAACCUGAUCUAAAGGACUUUUAAUUCAUCAAAACAUGGAGAAAAUGUUAUUUAUUGUUUCAUCACCCCAUGGAUCUGAACAUACUGUCUACAGCCAUAAAAACAGACCCAGUGUACCCACCGAGCGUUUUAGCACCGAUUCAGAAAUAAUCUCCAUCCGUCCUGACACACCUGAAACAAGUCCCAUGGCUGCUGAGCUCUCUGGGCACUAAUGUGCUGCAAACAGGAAGCUGGUCAUCGGAAAAAUCUCAGUUUCACACACUGAUGAGUUUCUAAAAUAUUGAUGUGCGUGUAGACCGGGCCGUUCCAACCCCUGGUCUCCUCCUCGGCGCCGGUCGGCCCGCAGGAGUGCUGAAGUUUUGCUCUGCGAGUCUUUUUAAAGCAGAAAUGUUGCACGUUAAAUCCAAACCAAUAAACAAUCUACAGUUUUUACUUUGUCACUUUCAAACUUGUUCAGACUUCAGUGCAGCUCCCUCUGGAGGUACUGAAGGUGUUACACACCUGUCACAUGUGUGCAGUGUAUCACUAACACCUGUUCAGCCUCUCUGAUACUGCGGUGUUCAAAUCCCUGCAGCUGGUUCCACAUCUGGUGGACAGACUGAAACCAGACGAGCUGAGAUGAAGGUUGAUGAACAUGCUCGGGUGUCCACAUACAUUUGGCCAUGUUGUGCAUGAAUAACCAAAACAAGAUGACGUCACCGUCCAUGAGAUCUCUGGGCUGGUUUGUGUUUCCCUCUAUCAGCUGAGCUGCUCUCUAAUCUGCUGAUUGUGAUAGUGAACAGACAGUUUGCAUGUCUCUCGCCCGUCAGAGGUCUGAUUGGACCUCAUGAAAACAUGUUGAAGUACGCAGGCUGAAAACUGUGAAACCGUUCUGCUCCAGUCUUCUCUGCCUCCUGUAAUUAAAGUAUAAACUGGAGCGUUCAGAGCAGAUUGACACUGCAGAGAAGUCGUGUUGGUGAGAACAUGAGGAGGUUUGUUUCCUCAGAGAGGAACACGUGUGUUCAGGCAGUGUGAGGAUCACUGAUAUGAUAAAGAUGGAGUUCAGCGGAGUAUCUCACUGUGUCAGUCAGUCGAGGAGGAGAUAAAAGCAGGAAGUGUGUCGAGCGGAGACGAAGAGUGAAGCUCACAGAAGAGGAGGAGACGUUCAGCAGAGGACAUGACAGUGUUCAGGACGUCCUCACCUGUCUGAAGUGUGUCACGAUGAGUGUGUCCCUGCUGCUGCUGCUGGUCCUCAGUGUGUGUGACCGAGUGCUGGGAGCCAAUAAACAGGAAGCCGUGAACUCACCUGACGACCACGGGACUCGUCUGCGAGGCCUCUGGAAGCUGCACAUGAAGGAGCUGCUCAAAGGAAAAGCAGGUUCAAGUUCUCAUCCAAUCAGAGAAGGAGUCAAACAGCAGCUGCUCUACUGCCGCGUCGGGAUUGGCUACCAUCUCCAGAUUCUGUCCAACGGCUCCGUGGGAGGCGUCCACAAACCCACCGAGAACUGCUGGCUGAAGGUGUUCGCUAUGAAACAUGGCGUUGUGGGAAUCAGAGGCGUGAAGAGCGGCCUGUACCUCUGCAUGAGCGCACAGGGACGGACGUACGGAGCGGCUCAUUUUUCUGACGACUGCCUGCUGAAGGAGAACCUGGAGGAGAACCACUACACCACCUACUCCUCCCUGGCCCACCCGGGCCUCUACCUGGCUCUGUCCCACAGAGGAGAGCUGAGGAAGGGCAACGCCGUGGGACGCCACCAGUCCUGCACCCACUUCCUGCCGCGGCAGACGAUGACGUGAUCAGACGGCGGAUUAUUCAGAGCUGAUAAAAAGCUUCACACUGAGGAAAAAGAACCAGAACCACAUCAGAGGAGAGACAGUCGGUGCUGGUGAUCAUCAGGAGCUUCACUUCCUGUCAGUCACCUGGACACGCCUGGACACACCUGGACACGCCUGGACACGCCUGGACACACCUGGACACACCUGGACACGCCUGGACACACCUGGACACACCUGGACACGCCUGACACGGUCUGAGGUCAGUCAGCAGGCGGCUGCUCGGGAUGCUGCAGCUGGAAGAGCAUCAAAUAUAAACUGCAACUCUCAGGAUUAUUAGAUUUAUUCUGUCAAAUGUGUAUUUAAUUUAAUUUUAUUUAUAUUUUUGAAUAUUUGUACAUAUUUUGGUGUCUGACUGAAUAAAAGGUACAAAAAGUUUUAUCUCCAGUAGUGAAACGACCAGCGACAGGCUGAACUCGUUACUCUGAACUACGUUAUGGAUCCGUGUUGAGAAAAACCGUCUUGGCACCAGAAUCAGCUGUGAAGUCGCUCUGUUCAGAACCACCAGAGUCCAGAGUCACUGGAUCAACACUUCAUGGUGUCACUGACUGAGGCAUCACUCCCAUGUUCUGUGAGUUAAAACAACCUUUUUGUCAGUGGAGUCUGGUGGUUCUGAUCUGGUAAUGAUUGUUUCUGGUUGGUUUACGUUAAAGAAAAGUGGGAGAUCCUUCAGUCACAGUCUGAGCCGGACAGUCAGAACAACUGUACAAACGCAGGUGAACCGAAAGAUUAAAUUACAGCGAUCACAGUCGUAUCACAGCUGCUGGCUGAGGCGAUCAACUGGACCGGUUCUGAAAGUUUCUGAUUCUGUUUGUCACUUUAACACUAAAAUGUAAAAACAAUCCUGCAGUUUGAAUCAGCCCUCCGGAGCCUUCUGACAUGCUGAAGCCUGAUCUUUGGGUGUUUUUCUGACAGAAGUUUCGACUUCCAUCGGCAUCUUAAUCGUCUCUGAGCCCAGUGUUCACUCCCCGACCAGAACCAGAACCAAACAACAGACAGGAAAAGUUAGCAGCUAAACAUACAGGUAGAGACCAACACAGCUAAACUGAGAGGAAAUGUUGGACUCAGUGAUGUGAAUUAUAAAACAGAAUCUUCUGUGUCAGAAACGUUGAUGGACGUCGAGAUUCAGUGAAACUGUGAAAUUCACGCUGAGAAGAAGCUUCCUGUGGUUGUUAAUGUGAAACUUUAUUAACCUUAUUUAUUUUGUCUGUCUAGUUUUAUUUAUUGUCGUUGUUGAAUACGUUAUACUUUUAAAUAAAACAUCGAUUUUUUAUAACCA